UGUACUAUGAAUCUUGUAAUAUGCACCAACAUUUAUUUACAAAGAGUAACUUGUUUCGACAUCAGCGCAGUAACAUAUGCGCAGUAAUCAUCUGUGAUUUUAGCCGUCACCUGUGUUGUGUUGAUUUUAAACCUAGUUGUAGAGCUACAAUCCCUGCCUUAAAAUGUUUUCCUUUCAUAGACCUAAGGUUUAUCGCUCGACUACUGGUUGUUGCAUUUGUAAAGCGAAAUCUAGCAGUUCAAGGUUUACCGAUAGCAAAAAGUAUGAAGAGGAUUUCUUGGAAUGUUUCAAAUUGUCGACCCCCAGACAAGGUGAAAUAUGCAACGCUUGUGUUUUGCUGGUUAAACGAUGGAAGAAGUUACCUGAAGGCACGGAGAGAAAUUGGAGACACGUUGUGGACGCCAGGGCCGGACCGGGGAUGAAAUCAAUGACGAAAUUCAAGAGCAAAAUAAAAAAAGCCAUGGAAAACAACGUGGAGAAAAUCAAGAAGAAGAAGCAUCGUUACGAGAGAGAAUACAGCCCGGCCUUGUCGGACAAGAGCGACGACGGCGAAAUGGCGGAGGUGGAUUUUUUGUCGGAGGAUGUCCACAGCGGCGGUUCAAGCCGAACAAACAGCCCAGGUGGAAGCGACUGUGAGGACAUUGCGAAUCCUCACGAGGGCAAGAGUCGAAGACACAAGGCUCUGGCGAAGAAACGUGAAAGUUUGCCUGAAAUUAGCGAUUUCAUCGAUUUCAGCUAUUGGACAAGGGAAAUAAUCUGUUGUGGUACAAUAUAUCGUGGAAGGUGCGGAGAAAUCCUCUCUGAUCCGAGAUUUUUGAGACCAUGCAAAGCUAUGCUUAAGAACAGCAAACAACAUAAAGCAGUGAAAAUCGACAAUCAAGAUUCCCCUAGUAGUAUAGUCACGCCUUCAAAGUCUUUCAGUGACAACAGUUCAGAUUCAGGUUACGAUGAAUCAUCGAACCCAGGACUGAAUCCAGAAAACCAAAACUCUGGGUUCAACACCAAACAAGUUAGUAUAGAGCAAUUGAGUAGGCCAAUAGUAAAUCAUAAUUAAUGUACGCUCUCUUUUAAGGUUAGAUUGUUUUUAAUUUAUUAAUAAUUGAUACAUGAUAUGUCUAAUUAAAUUAAUAUUGUUACGUUUGUGAAAGAUUUAUGCCUUUCUUGCAGCAAGAAAGCCGAUCUGGACUAAUAAAAAAUUGUAUUAUCACUUUUUUCUUA